AACUUGAUGUUUCAGAGAGUUUUCGAAAACUGAAGAUUUAAAGAAAGAUGUCAGACCCAAUCAAGAAAAAGAGGAGACCUCCAAAAUACCUGGAGAAAAUGUUGUUAGUCAAUCACAAAGAAGAUCAAUUACUCCAGGAGAGAUUAGAUGAUAUCCACAUCCGGUCACGCACGCGUGAAAUGCAGUUGGAAAGGGAACGAAUAAAAGUAAGGGAUGAAUGGAAGGAAAGCAGAAGACGACAAAUUCCAGUUGAUUCUAUACCACCUCUGGUGUCUCCACAGAAUCUCCCAGCUUCACGCUUACCUCAAAGGAAAAUAGGGACCGUGGAAAAACCCAAAUUACACAGAGGAACAUCACUACCGGAAGGAAAAGAUUCAGACAAUGUGAAUUCUUACCUUUUGGGGGAAUACAGAAGAAUGUCAGAGGUCAUUCCGUCCAUACUUUUGGCUAUUUCAAAGAAGGACGAGAAAAAGGCAAAAAUGCCAUCACUUUUUCCAUUACAACGAAUUGAUGAGAAAGAACACAGGAACGAGGAACCUGAUCUUCACAGGAUUACCAAGCUGGCGCGAUCUGUGAAGAAAAUAAGGGAAAACAUGUCUUUUCAGAAGAAAAUUGACUUGAACAGACCAAGACUGUCAUUAUCUAAAAUGUUUAAAGAGAUGCACGAACGUCGCUACGAAACGGAUCAGCACACAGAUGGGACCUGUGCUUUAUUGAAACGAAAACUCGAAAAGCGACGAAGGGAGUCGAUGCCAGAACUGGAUAUGACCACUUUACCGAUGCGUCGAACUUCGGACCCCAAAGAACCUUCUGCUUUCCACAAAUCACAGUCUGCUCCAUUGCUUGGUGUUUCCGAUCAAUCAACUGAUCCCACUAUUUACGAAGAAGCUGAAGAAGAAGAUGUUUUCGAAACUGAUUUUGAGGUAAAACUGCCCUCUAGAUUUGAAAGAUCUCAGAGUUUGCAGUUUAACCCAUCUAUUCAAAGACACCAUACGAAUUUAGAAAAAAGAGAAUCUGUGAGUUUAAAUUCUCGAAGUCACAUGCAAAAACGGCAUUCAGUCUCCUCGGGAAUUGCUCGCCCAUCUGGCCAGCAACCUCCUCCUCGAAAGAGACAUUCCAUUGCAACCGUUCCCCGGCCAUCGUCUUUACAGCUUCCUAAGUUUAAUCCACGUCAGACGGGAAGUCUUGUAGGAGCGCCUCACAGGAGGUUUGAUUCCCAUGCCAAUGCCGAAUUCAUAGACGAAGACGAACUUCGAGCAAAACAAAGAGUUGCCAUUGAGCUUCAGAAAUUUGAAAGGAUUCGGCAAAAAGUUGAUCGGUUUAUGUCACCAGAAAACUUAGGUCUAAAAAGAGGAUAUACACUUUUUACGUAG